UUUAUUAUUGGUAGACCCGACUACAAAAUGGCAAAGAGGAAGACCAAGACUGUUUCUUCUUCCCCAAGUCCCAAGUCUAGAGUACCACACCCCUUUAAAUUAACUCCCACUUAAGGAGAAAACUUCAGUGCUGAGAUAAACAAUGGCGAUACCAGUGCCCACACACCAUUUCAUCUCCCAUUUCCAUCCAGACCAUCCUCUAACCCAUUAUUCCGACGACCAAGAAUACACUUGCCACAUCUGCAAAACCGUCGGCUCCGGCCCCCGAUUUCGAUGCCAAGCUAAUUGCCAUGUCGACAUCCACCUGUACUGCACCGAUCCCCCCAAGGAAUUAUCCUCCUUUCUCCACUCCCACCGCCUUGCUCUGAUCCACCAAAUGAACCAUCGCCGCUGCAAUAUCUGCCGUGAAUCCAUCAACGGCAUGUUCUACCGCUGCAAUCACUGCGACUUCGAUGUCCAUCCACUUUGCACCCAAUUCCCUGAGCAGCUCCGCCACCUCAUCGACGGCUGCCAUAAACUCACCUUCCGCAAGCUCUCCUCUGGCCGAUGCUCUAUUUGCGAAGAGGAUUGUUCUUCUUUCUGGGUUUAUGGCUGCGACGUUUGUCGAGUCAAUAUUCAUCCCAAAUGCAUUCUCAAGCCGUACGGUUCGCCGACGGGAACCCGUGGGAUACCUUAUUGCCAAGCGCCGCAGUGGACCACGGCUCCCCAUCCGCAUGGUUAUGGUGGUGGUUAUUUUUCUUACGGCGGAGGUCAGCCUAAUUGGGGAUAUCCUAAUCAUCAUGUUGGUUAUCCUCAUGGAGGUAACAACUAUGGUGGACAACCACCGUCGCGGCCGAGUUGGGUACCAAUGUUGGGGGCUGGAAUGUUUGGUGUGGUUCAAAACUUAACGGCAGGUGCUAUUCUUGAGUUUAUUUUCGGUUCUUUUGGUGCUUAACAGUAAUUCUUCAUCCAAUGGUGUUUUAUUGUUCUUUUUUUUUUUUUUUGUGGCUUUGGGGAAAGAAAGUGUUAUGUGGAAAAGGAUUAUCAAUUAUGACAAUCUUGUCACAAAUGUGAUAGGGAGAAGGUUCGUUAUCACAUUAUUAUAAAUGGCAGUAUAAUUAUAAUAAUAUUUGUGUGAGAAAGAAUUAAGUAGAAAUGAUUACGAAAA